CGAUAAAAUGAAGCUUUUAACGUACAACUUUCUCACAUCCAAGUGCAUUCGUGGCGUCAAGGUGGGCUAUCCUCUGAAAUUGAACAUUGUGGAAAAGAAAGUGGUUUCAUCGGAUUUCAACUCGGAGUUCAUUUCCCGAAUGAUCCCCCGAUUGGACUGGGAAGCGAUCAAAUUGGCUGCCACUCACGUUGGAGCCGAUUUGCCUGCCACCCUGCCGGAGGAUAUCGCCUCGGAUACGGAAACCCUGCAGAAGCUACACCACGUCCUGAUGGAGGUGGACGUGGUCGAGGGGACAUUGGAGUGCCCGGAAACGGGACGAGUUUUUCCCAUCAGCGAUGGGAUUCCCAACAUGCUGCUGAACGAGGACGAGGUCUAAGAUCGUUUUCGAAAAAUGCGAUGCCGCAUUUUGACAGCCGCAAAUAGUUUGGUCAUUUCUGUGAAACCCAACAGAGCUGUUACGUAAAUCGUGAGUAUGAACUUCAUGAUGAACUCAACUUUCCUGAUUUGUAUAUAAAAUAAUACUUAUUUCUAUUAUGUAAAA